AUGAGUGGUGAUGAGAAUGAUCCUUCUCCUGGCAGUUCUUCGCCCAAAUGUGCUGGUUCAGCACUUUGCAUGGGCCCAUGCAAAAAGGUUAACUCAUCAAAUCCCCUUGUGCUUCAUGGUCGGCAUUUUGGGUGGACUGUAUCUGCACUGUGCAAUUAUCCUUCUCUCCUGACUGGAGGCAUACUCCAGCUAGAAGAAUUACAAGACUCUCCCAUAGAUGAUUACUCAGUGAACGUUCGGUGGGAACACAGGGUAUUCUUGGAACUUAUAGACUCCUACCCUGGUCUUUUAGAGUGUCUGACGGCUGGUGAGGAGGAGGAUAUCAUUCACAUCAGAGAAUUGAUGGGCAAAGGAGCAUCUGGACUUGAUUGGUCAAAUCCAGAGUAA